CGGUAAGAACGAUCACCUGUCAAUGAUUUAACAAUGACGUUUCGUGAUGGUAAAUAAAAUAGGGAAUUAUUAACACUAACACUGAUAAAAACUCGUCUUCAUGAUCUAAACUGUGUUUAAACGUCUUAUAUUUACAACCAUGGGGUGCUGUUAUAGUUUCUUUUGCAAGGAUGAUGGCUCAUCUCAGCACGGUGAGCCGAACGAAAGGACUCAUCUUCUUGUGGACCCCGUAUCAAACAACACAAACAUACAAAGAGUAAAUAGUGAGGAUUUACUGUGUCAUAACUCUAAAUCUGCCCCCAAAAAGACUGACGAACAAUCUGCACUUAAUAGGAUAUUACAAGAAACGGCAACGAACGUAAUAGACGUGGCUGCUUUAGAUUCACACAACUUGCAGCAGCACGAAUAUGUUGAUAGGAUGAAACAAUAUAAUCUCAAGGUGCAACAAGUUUGUGCUAGCAAAAAAAACAAACUAACGAAUAGGCUUAAGACGUGUAUUCUUGAGGAUAUUCCAUGGACGGAGAUAACCCUACAGUCUGAACCAAUCAGCGCAGAGGACAGGAACUUGAUUACUGAAGCCCUGGAGAAAGCAGCUGUUGCGAUUAAUGAUAUUAAAGUCGAGCAUAAGGAAGAUUUAGUUGUGCCUUUCCGCAUACCCUGCUAAGCUAUCUCUAUUAUUUAAACAUUAAGAAAUCGUGACUUGUUCCUUGAUAUCAAGGAAGUGUGUUUGUGUUAAAGUGUGACAUAUCAUUUCGUCUGGAGUCACAGUUUCUUCCGCUUGAAAUAAGAUCAAACCUUACAUUAUAUUUGUAUAUUAUUAGCGUUACAAUUACAAAUAAAUUUAUAUUGAUUUGG